GUAGUUAUACCAUUCUUAUUACGCAUUGUUUGUUGUUAUAGAAGUCGGCGAAGUUUGUAUUGAGUGGUAUUAGAGACAAAAUGUGAUUAAUUUUUACAAUUGUUUAUUUAUUGUUGACAUAUCGAAAUGGAUUUGACUAUAAAUGCUAGAAUGGCGGAAUAUUAUGAAAAGUUUAUAGAAUUACAAGAAAAGUUAAGGAAAAGUGAAGAAGAAAGACUUAAAUUAGAAUUGAAAUUCAAUGAAAUGGUUCAUAAAUCUAGAGAGGAGGAGCAACUUUACUACAGAAGACUUAGGGCACAAUAUAAAAAAUUUUUAGAAGAAGACCGAAAGCGUCAAGAAAGAAAUGAAAAAAUUGUUAGAACAUUAGAGAGGAUAGAAACUCGUAUCGAUAUGUUAACUUCCAAAACAGAACGGUUUAAAACUUUGAGAAGACAUUAUAACAACUAUUUACAAAGAUUUUCAAGUCAAUCAGUUCCGAAGGUGGAUUCUCCGCAUUAUAAUUUGAUAACGGAAAAACUUUACGGUGAAUAUGUAAGUGAUGAAGAUAAUGAGAGAUUGAAUGACGAAAAGAUUGAUAUACUUGAUAAAUAUUUAGAAGGUAUAUCGUCAGAAAAGCGCAAAGAAUUUCUGGAAAAGAAAAAAAUGGAAAAAUCGGAAUUAGAUAAAUUGGAUGAACUAAAGCAUAGACUUAAUGAUACUUUUGAUUCAAAUAAAGCUCAACAUAUAGCUGAAGACAUAAUAAACUCUAUAUACAGCAGACAUUACAAUAAAGAUCCGAAACAAGAAGAGGAAUUAUCAAAUUUAUCGAACAGUAAAUCGAAUAUAAUGAUUUACGAUGAUGUUCCAUUAGACGAAAAAGAAGACAAUGUUAAUAAAAUAAAAUAUGUUGAAGAUAAAGGAAAAUUUGUUGAAGAUACUGAUGAAUUACAUUAUUUUCCAUCUGCUACUUCGAAUAUUGAUCAAAAAGAAAAACUAGAAGAAAAUCCAUUAAAAGAAAACCUUGUUAAUACAGUUAAUAAGGAAAAAAAAUUAUCAAUAACUAGUGAAACUGAUGAUUUUGUCGAGAUUAAAAAAGUAAAUAAUAAUUUUAAUGAAAUUAAUGAUGUCACAACAAAUUUUGACUCUAAUAAAACUGAAAGUGUCACAAACAUAACCAAAUCGUCAAUUCAAGAUAUUGUUGGUGAAGAACCUAAAGAUUCUAACAACAAGAAAAAGCAGCUUAAAGUUCAAUUUGACGAUGAAACUCUAUUAGUUGAAAAUGCAGGAGAAAAAGACAAGAAAAUGAUGAUUAGGGAAGAAAAUCAAGAUACCAAUCCGAAUGUUCAAUAUCAAUAUGAUGAGAAUGUACAAUCCAUCCAAAGUCAAGCUCCCCAUUAUGAUACCAAUCUUCAUAAUGAGGAAACUGGACAACGGAUCCAUUACAAUCAAAGCAGGCAGCACAUUGAAAACGAUGAAAGUGUUGAAUGCGACGAGAAUAAAGAAGAAAAUCACGUUGAACAAUCAGGUCAACAGAUGCAGUAUGACGAAAAUGGGCAGUACGAUGAAAAUGUACAACAGUUUCAAUGUGAUCAACUUAGACAAACGAAUCAGUACGACGAAAAUGGGAAGAUGAUUCAGUAUGAUGCAAAUGGACAGAAGGUUCAGUACGACGAAAAUGGGCAGAUGAUUCAGUAUGAUGCAAAUGGGCAGAAGGUUCAGUACGACGAAAACGGGCAGAUUGUUCAGUAUGCUACAAAUGGACAGAAGGUUCAGUACGACGAAAAUGGGCAGAUGAUUCAGUAUGAUGCAAAUGGACAAACGAAUCAGUACGACGAAAAUGGGCAGAUGAUUCAGUAUGAUGCAAAUGGACAGAAGGUUCAGUACGACGAAAAUGGGCAGAUGAUUCAGUAUGAUGCAAAUGGGCAGAAGGUUCAGUACGACGAAAAUGGGCAGAUGAUUCAGUAUGAUGCAAAUGGGCAGAAGGUUCAGUACGACGAAAAUGGGCAGAUGAUUCAGUAUGAUGCAAAUGGGCAGAAGGUUCAGUACGACGAAAAUGGGCAGAAGGUUCAGUACGACGAAAAUGGGCAGAUGAUUCAGUAUAAUGCAAAUGGACAGAAGGUUCAGUACGACGAAAACGGGCAGAUUGCUCAGUAUGAUGCAAAUGGGCAGAUUAUUCAAUAUGAUGCAAACGGGCAGAUUGGUCAGUGCGACGAAAAUGGACAAAUGAUUCAGUAUGACGAAAAUGGGCAGAUUGUUCAGUACGACGAGAAUGGACAGAUGGUUCAGUACGACGAAAACGGUCAACCAAUCUAUUUUGACCAAUCUGGACAACAAAUACAGUAUGAUGAAAAUGGUCAACUAGUUCAGUAUGACGAAAACGGACAACCGAUGUAUGAUUAUACACAGUACGGUCAACCAGUCCAACAAUUUAAUGAAAAUGGUCAACCAAUUCAACAAUACGACGAAAACGGUCAACCAGUGCAACAAUAUGACGAAAAUGGUCAACCAGUUCAACAAUACGACGAAAACGGUCAACCAGUCCAACAAUAUGACGAAAAUUGUCAACUAGUCCAACAAUAUGACGAAACAGUCAAACAAUAUGACAAAAAUAGUGAACCAAUUCAACAAUUUGAUGAAAAUGGACAGCCAGUUCAACAAUUCGAUGGAAACGAUCAACCAAAUCAAGAAUUCGAGGGAAACUGUCAAACUUGCGACCAAAAUGGAGAACCACUCCAACAAUUUGAUAGUAACAAUCAACAAUUCAACGGAAACAGUAAAAAUUUGGAAGAAAAUGGUCAACAAUUCAAAGGAAAGAGUGAAAAUUUUGAAGAAAACGGUCAACUGCUCCAACAAUUUGACAAAAAUGGUCAACCAAUUGAACAUUUCGAUGAAAAUAGUCAGAUGAUGAGAAAUUAUAACGAAACUCAUGAUGCUAAUGAAGUGUUUGAUGCUGACAAGAGCUUCGGCGACGUUGUGGUGCCAGAAGGUUCUUCCGGUGCAGUUCUAGAAAAGAAACCUGAGAAUAGGAGUAAAGUUUUGGAAAUGUUGGAGACUGAUACGGAAAGUUCACAACAAAAUAUUAGUAAAAUGUCUGAUAAUGAUUUUAGUUUUAGUCAAUAGUUGUGCACAUAGAGAAAUUUCAAUCGUUUUCAUGCAAAAUCUACUACAUUUCUUCAUAAAUAAAUAUGAAUAAAAACUU